UCUACGAGUUCCGUAGCCAUUUUGGCUCAAGCCAUUUUGGCUCAAGAAAAGUGGCUCAAGCCGCAUCGUGCGGACAGGAGAUUUUGCCCCGCCAGAUUUCGCUUCCCUCGUACAUCUCUGUGUACCCAACGGGUGAUCUGUCGGCGUUGGAUUGAUUUCUCUGUCUGAUCAGUUGUUCUUGCGUGCCCCUUCCUUGAGCGGCAUCAUGACAGCGCAAUUUUGUUCGAUGAGUUCUGUUUCGACCAGUUGGAAAAGAAAAACGAGGAGAAUCAAACUGGUGAUUUGUAGACAAGCUGUAUUUGAUGUUAUGCAGUUUAAUGCUCGUGAUCCAUAUUUUGUGGCUGAUCCGAAUACCUUUCCCGCGUUUUGCUGGUUUGAUAACCUCGAUGAUUGUGCGCGAAACCCAUGCCCGUUUCAGGGGAACUGGGAGGAGCAGGUCAAUAUAUUGUUGAGUUCCUUAUCGGUGCCAGAGCCGAAGACCAGUGAGAAAGACAAGAAAUCGGACUUGCAUCUGAUUGCUGAAGUUGCUUAUGUUGAUUCGCAUAACCUUUGGUCGCCGGCUGGGUCUGAUUAUUCGCAGAGACAGGAGGAGGAGGUUUCGUCACAUCAUGAUGUUCCCGAUUCAAAUGUUCCCGCUGUUGACCCAGGUGUUCUGAAAGAGGAGUUGCAUGAUGAGGAGUUGCAGGAUGUGGGGUUGCAGAAUGAGGAGUUGCUGAAUGAGCAGUUGCAUUAUUCUCAUCAUACAUAUUAUAUGGCUUCACGCUCUGAAGUGUGCCACACUUCAGCUUCUGACGCAGACCCGGCUCGCCAUGGAAAGGAUUGGCAGGGGGAUCUUAAGGGUUUCAAGGACGAGGAGGAGGAGAAUGUUCAUGUUGAAUCUGUGGAGAGUUCUACGGCAGUUGCUGCUGAAGAAGCGUCGCUUGCUUCUCAAUCAAAUGAUGCUGUGCUGCGCGCAUUUCCUUUGGAUUAUUCUUGGCACUCAGCUCCUUUGGAUUAUUCUCUGCACUCAGUUCUUUUGGAUUAUUCUCGAGUGCAAAGGGAAGGUGGAGGCCCCGAGGCGCUGCCGUUGGCAUCCUCGAAAACCCGCGGAGAGUGCGAAGUUGACCAGCGUAAAGAUAACUGUGCAUCUUCUUCCCGGCUCUGUUCAGAUGAGUUGCAGAGCAAUCGAUCUGAGUGUCAGGCUGCCAGGGACUGGGCCCGUGCCAAUGGCGAUGCAGUUGCUCUUUGGCGGGAAUUCGAACGGCUCCCGAAAGAUGAGUUUCAUGCUCGGAUCGAGGCGCUCAAGGCAUGCAAACUUCGAAUGGGAAUUGAGAGUCCCGAGGAGGCGCCGACUCCUGAGGGGGAUGCUGGCCGUGGGAAAGGCCAGAGGCACCGCAGAAACAGGAGGCGGGCAAGGGCGAAGGCUCAGGCAGUUCUAACUGGCUCUUCUAUGUCAAAGUCGGCCCAUCAAUCUACUUGCGAUCCUCCCCAACCUCCGUCCUCUUUUCACGAUUCAGUUUCUUCCGCUCUACCCGCCCCAAUUGUGCACUUGUUAUCCGAAGGCGACAAGGAGACGGAGGUGGAUGAGUUGCAUAACUAUCAAUCAGAGUGCGAUGAGGACGCUGAUUCGGAUGCGGCCUCCCACGCAUGGGAUAAUAAGGCCACCCAACGAGUGAGGGCAAAUUUUUACUUGAAGCAGGCUGCUCUGCAACGUUUCUGUGAGGCUUUGCGCCGUGAUGGGGAGGAGGGCGCGGACAUCCAGAGAACCUGUGGGCUGUGUCGGUUGGACAAGAUAAGGAUGCACCGUAUUGCAGGGUGGUGCUUCGGACAUUGGCGGUGCUUGACAUUCUACUCAAGUGGUGCUCAACGGUUGAUGGAACAACGCUUGCAGAGCCACAUUAGGAACCUUUGUGUAACCUUUUGGCCUUAACUGUGGCCUUAACUGGCGCCUGGCGCUGGAUAUACAACGUAAACAUGAACUAGUCGGCCUCCACGGUUUCUUCGUUGGAGGGCGGUCUGUGGAAGUAUAUGCUGCUGAUCGGCUGUUGCUUUGAUCAAUGCAGUAAAACGGCCUUGUAUGGCCGUGGAACACGUUUUGGGUAGCGUUUCAACCAGCUCUUACACCAUUCUCUAACCUGUUCCAACACCUUUGCAUUCUCACAUGUUGUGCUGCAUCCUUUUCCUUGUUCCUGCAUCCUAUUCCGAUGCCUAUGCCUCAGUGGCUCGGCAGUGUGAUGAUAAGAGGUGCCUUCUCUAGCUACCCUGUGCUCCGUUUGGGAGUCUUAGGGCUCAGCUGUCGCAGCUGUCCGCGCCCUGACUCAAACUCAAACUCAAAAACCAGCUGGGCUACCGCCCGGAGCUAGCAGAGCUUCCUCGUGCAAUGCGGGCGCGGCAAUCUUGCAUUGCGCGCGCAAGGGCGCAGUCUCAUGGAGAAGGACGUGGAGGAGGAGAAGCACUGAGGA